CCCAUGAUGCACGCGCUCAUCAGCUCCUGCUGUCUGUGUUUAGAGGGAAAGAAACAGCAGGCCCGAAACAGACACACUUUAUUCAACAAAAAAAUAAGUUAUCCACUGCGAAUAGUUUUUGAGAGUUCUUCGAGAUAUGGCUGGGAAACUAAAUUUUUAUUAGCGCCCUUGCGAGAUGUAGAAUGGAGGAAUGCAUGAGAACGGCAACUUUAGCGCGGAUCAAAAGUUUCUGGGAGGGAGUAAUAGUGGACAUGCAUUUUCCGGAGGUCUGUCAAGAUAAUGAAUGUGCUUUUGUGAGUCUUGAAACAGAAGGCUGAACAUGCAAAAAAACAAUCUUCACUCCGAAGAAAGAUCACCUGUUGGAGCUUCUUCUCAGAUGUACAGUGACACUCCCUGAGAAAUAGCCAUAUAUGUGAGAAAAUGUUUCAUGGCAAAGACCAGCUAAACAGCCACCUGCAAAACCACGACUCCAACAAGCAGGAGCUGCGGUGCGAGGAAUGCGGAAAGCAUUACAACACUCGCCUGGGUCUCAGACGCCAUGUGGCAACGCAUGCCACCUCCGCCAGUGGUGACCUCACUUGUAAGGUCUGUCGUCAGGCCUUCGAGAGCAUGCCGACGCUACUCGAGCACCUGAGUACGCACACCGGCCGGCCACCUCCGGGGACUGUGGUACGAGAAAGGAAACAUCAGUGUGAACGGUGCGGCCGACGCUUCUUCACUCGCAAGGAUGUGAGACGCCAUGCAGUGGUGCACACUGGCAGACGGGACUUCCUGUGCCCUCAUUGUGCCCAACGCUUCGGCCGUCGCGACCACCUCACCCGACACCUGAAGAAAAGCCACGCGCAAGAUUUGGAGACCCUUCCUCCGAUGCCCAUUAAAGAGGAGCCCAGUCCUACCGUGUGCUCUGUUGGAUCUCCGAAAGAUGCCAUAGAGGCAUUUUCCAUGGCCAUGUUCAACUCUCAAGGCCAUCCAAGCACAUCUACCUCAAGGGUCAAUCAUCACCAUCACACGAUGGUGUCUGGCCCCCUUUCUAACCCAAUGGGUGUGGGCUGCUACCUUGAGCCAAACAAGCCUCCUCCGCAGCAGUACCAGCAGGCUUCCAGAUAUCAGCCGAGUUCCACUACCUCAUAUCUGAAAGCAGAGAUGGAGACCUUCCUGACUGAGCUCCAGUGUGGGCCAAUGCCACCGCAGGCUGCCGUAGCGCCUGCCGUCUCCCGACCUGGCGACCUUCUCCCCGAUACUCUGGGAGGUCAGAGUGCCCAUUUCACUCUCAGGAACUCGGCGUUCACCUCAGCUGAGCCGCCUACCACCUCUGCCAACAUGGACCUCUCGCACCUGUUGGGCUUCCUGCCGUUUGGCCUGCCUCCCUACAGCACUACCUUGGGAUACUCGAGCACCACCAAUGCUGUGUCCCCAAGCCCUACCUCUCAGCUCUCUGGGCCGCUUACCUCAUUUCAGCCACAGCCACUGCAUGAGCCUCAGGCUUCAGGGCACUUAAACCAGAUCUCUGGUUUUUCUCCAACUCUACCUCGAUUCCAUCAGGCCUUCCAGCAAUGAUGUGUCCACUAUGACCUGCCAGUCAAACGCGACAGUUCUGUUGCGUCAUUGCCAAGUAGUUUUUAGGUAAUGAACUGGAGAUGGUGAAGUUCGUUGGGUGCGAGGUCCUCAGAUGCAUCCUGUAGAAUUAGAUGAAAGGAUCACUAGGAUAGAUGAAGUUUUGCUUUUAGUUUGAAUAGUUUAACUUUGUGGUUUUUCCUAGAGGGUCUUCAGAGUAACUGUUUUGUAGUGAUAAAUGAACUUCUAAAAUUCAUAAAAAAAAAAAAAAAGUUAGCUAAAGAAAUACCUCAGUAUUUUUGUCAAGAAGGAAAUUAAUGCUAUUACAGUGUUCUCCGUUGUAAAAUGAAGCACUUUUUAUCAACGGCACUUCUAUGACUAAAGGUGCGGUCACACUUAUUGUUCGAACUAACAAAUUUGAAAGGUGAAAGAUUUCCCUGCGCAAAUUUCACAAUUUAGUAAUAUGGUCAUGUAAAUUUUAUGUAUCGGCAAACAAAAAUUUGUUUGGUUUGAAACUGACUUAUGUGUGCACUGUGCUUCAUACAUCUACAUUAUUGACAUUUUUUGCCCAUUGCUAAUGUGGCCGCACCAUAAAAGUCAAGUUGAACUGUGUUCUUAGAUGUACCUCUCAGCUCACGGUCACACAACACAAAAAACCUACCUCUCUAAGCUGAACUCUUGUCACAAAAAGGAUUCAACCAUUUGACAAGAAAUGAAGCAAAUCCUCACGCGAAUUGUGUGAAGAACGUUAUCUCAAUGUCUUUUUUUUUCUUUUUGAAUGCACAGUGGUUUUAGCUAUUAAGUUUUUAGAGUCAGGUGAUUAAUUAGCAUUUAAUUAAUUAGCUUGUGUUGAUUUUAGCCUUUAGGUAAAAGUUUUUAGGCGCUGCGUUGUUCACAUCCUUAAUGCUAAUGAAAGGAAUCACAGUUAUUGUGGAGUAUUUUGUGAAUGAAAUGUAGGAUAAAGCAUUGAUCAUUGAAAAAUCAAUGUAAAGUGAACAUCUGUUUAAAAUUAAGUAGCCCAUUCUGACAAAUUCCUAAUAUGGGAACUAAGUAAAAUAUAACUUUCAUUUUUUUGUUUUGUAAUAAACAAGAAUUUAUCAUAUUUGCUCCCGGAAUAUUCAGGUAAAAAAAUUGUUAUAUACUGGUUUUACACAAUAAGUAGUUCUCACACUACAAAGAUUCCCUCAGUUCUUUUGCCUGGAUUCAGAAGUUUCAGACAAACAAAUCUUAGCACACACCCAGUUAUUGCUGAAAAGCACUUCAUGUAUCUCUCCAAGCUAAACCAGGAGCACUGUUAGAAAAUAAUGUUUUGUCAUGUAAAUUUGAAUGGUAUUUUAGCACUGCUUUUCUGUCUGUACUUUUGACUCCUUGUUACAUACACCAGUGGCCUAUAAGGUAAUAUGUGAUGGCAUAUGUUGUCAAAUCCAUUUUGUUUGGGCCAGCUGAAGGUGUGAAAUCAUUUCAUGAGUUUGUAUUUUGUUUAGAAACUACCAUGGGCAUUUCCUUCUUCGGCUGAACUAAAAUGAAAUGGACUUCAACCCAACUGUGACGUUUAGACUCUAGACUGAUCUACCUCAGUGAGAUGCACACUGUGCACAGCUGUACUGUUCCUUUAAUAAGAAAUUUUAAGUUUCAGUGGCUGUUUAGAUGGGAGUAAAUAGGUGUUUUACAUCUUCAAAAUUCCAAGCAUUGGCAUUUUUGGGUUCCAAGGACUGUUUGUUUUCAUAGACAUUAUGAAAGCAAAAGUGGGUUAGUGAGACAUUAAGGUGAAUGCGUAAAGAAACAAUGUUAAGGAUGAGUUAAGAAAUAAAGCAUCUUGUAGAAUUUG